AUGGCUUCCUGUAGCAGUCUCCUGUCUGAAGAUCAGUUCCAGUGUUCUAUCUGUCUGGAUGUGUUCACUGAUCCUGUCACUAUUCCAUCUGGACACAACUUCUGCAAGGCCUGUAUCAUCAAGUACUGGGACAACAGUGACCUGUGUCAAUGUCCCAUGUGCAAGGAGAACUUUGAUAAGAGACCAGAUCUUCGUGUCAACACUUUCAUCUCUGAGAUGGCUGCUCAGUUCAGGAAGUCAGAGCCACUGAAAGCUACCAUCAGUCCAGACCUACGUCCUACUAAACCUGAAGUGUCAUGUGACAUCUGUACAGGUACCAAGCUCAAGGCCCUGAAGUCCUGUCUGGUGUGUCUGGCCUCUUACUGUGAGACUCACCUGGAGCCUCAUCAGAGAGUUGCAGCCUUGAAGAAACACAAGCUGAUCGACCCUGUGGAGAACUUGGGGGACAGGAUGUGUCAGAAGCAUGAGAGACCCCUGGAGCUGUUCUGUAGGACUGACCAGACGUGUGUGUGUCGGUUCUGCACUGAGACGGACCACAAGGCCCAUGACACUGUUCCUCUAGAGGAGGAGUGUGAAGAGAGGAAGACUCAGAUGAAGAAGACAGAGGGAGACAUGCAGCAGAUGAUCGAGGAGAGACUGGAGAAGGUUCAGGAGAUCAAACUCUCAGUAGAGACCAGCAAGAGAGAUGCAGAGAGAGAGAUAUCAGACAGUGUUCAGGUCUUCACUGUUCUGGUGCGCUCCAUUGAGAGAAGCCAGGCUGAGCUCAUUGAGGUGAUUGAGGAGAAGCAGAAAGCAACAGAGAAACAGGCUGAAGGGUUGAUUGAAGAUCUGGAGCAGGAGAUCACCGAGCUGAAGAGGAGAAGCACUGAGCUGGAGCAGCUCUCACACACUGAGGACCACCUCCACCUGCUCCAGAGCUUCCCAUCCCUGAGCACCCCUCCACACACCAAGGACUGGUCUGAGAUCAGUUUUCACAGUGGUCUGAGUGUGGGGGCAGUGAGGAGAGCUGUGUGUCAGCUGGAGGAGACACUCAAUAAAGAGAUGGAGAAGCUGUCUGACACUGAACUGAAGAGGAUUCAGCAGUAUGCAGUGGAUGUGACUCUGCACCCUGAUACAGCACAUCCCUAUCUCAUCCUGUCUGAGGAUGAGAAACAAGUGAGACAUGGAGACAUGAAGCAGGAUCUCCCUGACAACCCAGAGAGGUUUGAUCGUUGUGUCAUUGUCCUGGGAAAGCAGGGCUUCUCCUCAGGGAGGUUCUACUAUGAGGUGCAGGUUGAGGGGAAGACUAAGUGGACUCUGGGAGUGGUCAGAGAGUCCAUCAACAGGAAGGGGGAGAUCACACUGAGUCUCAACAAUGGAUACUGGACUGUUUGGCUGAGGAAGGGAGAUCAGUAUAAGGCUCUGGCUGGCCCUUCUGUCCUCCUUUCCCUGAGACAGAAGCCCCAGAAGGUGGGGGUGUUUGUGGACUAUGAGGAGGGUCUGGUCUCCUUUUAUGAUGUGGAGGCCGGAUCUCAUAUCUACUCUUUCACUGGCUGCACCUUCACUGAGAAACUCUAUCCUUAUCUCGGUCCCUGUGUGAACGAUGGAGGUAGAAACUCUGCCCCUCUGAUCAUCACUCCUGUCAAUGACUGAAAAAGAUUUGGGAUUUCUGCAGUUAAGAAAUUCUGAUUAUCAUACAUAAAUCUAAAAUCAAACAACAGACAUUUCAAUCAGGAAAGACCAGUGAAUGAGUGAAGUGAUUUUUUAUUGUACAAAUGAUAAGAUAUGAUUUAGAAUGACAAAGUGUUUGGUGCUUAGACCGUAUGGGGAGAUCAGGUGAUCAAUGGUUGUCUGCAGCAUGAAGAGAGAUCCCCCAUGGAGUCCAGACACUGGUGUAGGGGGCUGAUGACCCAGCCAGACAACAAGCAGAGGAGGCAGACAGGAGACGAAGCCAAGAAGACCGGGAGGUGACGGGGAGGUGGAGGGUCACGCACAAUGGUAGCAUGGACGAACGAAGGCAGGGAGAGAAACAUAUUUAAAGGCUCGGCAGCAGUACGAUAGGCUAGAGGAGAAGGCUUGUCUCUGAGCUAUUGGAGAGAAGUGAGCGGCUGAUGGAACAGCUGAAACCCCGGUGACAGCCCAGGCUU